UUGGCUAUAUCUCCCCUACCAACCGGCCAUUUGUCCUCUCUUCUUUUCUGCAGCCUCUCUCACUUUUUACAGAGAGUGGCUUUCUCAAUCUCAUUUCGUUAAUCGCAUUAUAACCCAAAAACUCAUGGCGAUGUGGGUUUUUGGCUACGGUUCUUUAAUUUGGAAAACUGGCUUCCACUAUGAUGAUCGCCUUGUGGGCUUCAUCAAAGGCUAUCGUCGGGUCUUCUACCAAGGGAGUACUGAUCACAGGGGCACUCCAGACUUCCCAGGUAGAACUGUCACAUUGGAGCCUGCUGAAGGGGAGGUUUGUUGGGGUGUUGCAUACAAGAUAAUCCGGAAGGAAGAUCAAGAAGAAGCACUGACGAUAUGUUUUUUUAUACUUUAUCGUAUGCAUGUUACAUUAUAUCUUGAAGUGAGGGAAAAGCAAUAUGACCAAAAAGCGCAUGUUGAUAUAUUUUCUGAUCGGGCUGCCACUGUCCCAGUAGUGUCUGGUGUAUUGAUAUAUAUUGCAUCAGCUGACCAGAAGCUCAACAGGAAUUACCUUGGGCCUGCAUCCCUUCAGGAAAUUGCAAAUCAAAUUGUUCGUGCUGAAGGCCCCUCUGGACCUAACAGAGACUACCUUUUCCAGCUUGAAAAGGCACUUACUCUUUUAGGAUGUGAAGAUAGACAUGUCAUUGAUCUCGCAAAUGAAGUGAGAAGCAUUCUUUCAGGGCGGAAUUGACCUCUUCAUGAUACUGUGGCCACCAAAGAUGAAUAACUUGGCUUUGAACUACAAAUGAUUUACAAUAAAAAGUGUUUGGAACUAUUCUUUAAUGGCAACGGUUAAGCUUUUUGCAACUUAACCAUGAACAUGUCGAAUUAUACUGUGUAUUCAAACAGAGAGUUCGUUGUCAUCUUCAAUACAUUAUUCUGAACGUAAUCCCUCUGAGCAAAAAUCCAUCUAUCACAAUCGACAAUGAGCUGAUGGUUAAGUGUACUUAAAAGUUCUUAGGGAAUUUGCUCAACUUUGCCUUUGAUAGAGCUUAGCAGAUAUGAGUUGUAUAUGGAAGCUAUAAUUAUCGAAUGCAAAAAUCUCAAACUUAGGAGUAGCUUUGCAGAACUU